UCGCGAUACACGUUCGCUGCUGGUUUUCCUUGAAAUACCUGACGGCGAUUAGGUUGUGUUUUUAGGUCGAUAGAUGAUUUUUAUUCAUGUUAUUUUAAUUUUUAUUUUAUAAAUCAGUAUUUUACGCAUUGUGCUUAUUUUUUGGUUCAUAAUUUCUUCUUGAACCAUGCUGCGCGUAAGGUCAAUCCUCUGUCAGUCUUGGAGAGGGUUCCGGCGUUCCGCCUGCGCUGCAGUGGAGGUGAAAAAUGAACCUGUGCUGGGGUUCAAGGAUGGGAGUCGAGAGAGGGAGGAGCUGCUGAAGGCCCUGCAGGAGCUGAAGGGGAAGACAGAGGAGAUCCCCUGUGUGGUAGGAGAUGAACACAUCUGGACCAAAGACAUCAGAUACCAGCUGUCGCCGUUCAACCACUCUCACAAGGUGGCCAGGUUUUGCUAUGCUGACAAGGAGGUCCUGAACAAAGCCAUCGUGGCGUCUCUGGCGGCCCGGCGGGAGUGGGACCUCAAACCCAUUCAGGACCGGGCGCAGAUUUUGUUCAAGGCCGCCGACGUCAUCAGCGGGCCCAAGCGGGCAGAGGUGUUAGCCAAAACGAUGAUUGGGCAGGGAAAGACGGUGGUUCAGGCAGAGAUUGACGCUGCCGCCGAGCUGAUUGACUUCUUCCGCUUCAACGCCAAAUACGCCAUCGAGCUGGAGCAGCAGCAGCCCCUUGACAGCGACGGGAGUACCAACACCAUGCUGUAUCGGGGACUGGAGGGCUUUGUGGCAGCAGUCGCUCCCUUUAACUUCACGGCGAUUGGAGGAAAUUUGGCAGGAACCCCCGCCCUGAUGGGCAACGUGGUGUUAUGGAAGCCCAGUGACACGGCCAUGUCAGCCAGCUACGCCGUCUACAAGAUCCUGAGGGAAUCGGGGCUCCCGCCCAAUAUCAUCCAGUUUGUUCCUGCUGACGGGCCAGUUUUCGGGGACACUGUCACGGCCUCCGAGCACCUGGCCGGCAUCAACUUCACCGGCAGCGUGCCGACUUUCAAGAGGCUGUGGAAGCAGGUAGCACAAAAUUUGGAUCGGUACCGGAACUUUCCUCGGGUGGGUGGAGAAUGUGGCGGUAAGAACUUCCACUUUGUGCACAAGUCGGCAGACGUGCGGAGCGUGGCUACAGGGACGAUCCGCUCUGCGUUCGAGUACAGUGGCCAGAAGUGCUCUGCGUGCUCCAGAAUGUAUGUUCCAGACUCCCUGUGGCCCCGGAUUAAGCAGGAGCUCCUGGAUGUGCAGAAGCAGCUAAAAGUGGGCAACCCUGUGGAAGAUUUCAGUACGUUCUUCUCUGCUGUUAUUGAUGACAAAUCCUUCGCCCGCAUCAAAAAGUGGCUCGAUCACGCCAAGUCCUCCCCCAAUCUGACGGUCAUUGCCGGUGGGAACUGUGACGGCAGUAAGGGGUACUUUGUGGAGCCAACCAUCAUUGAGACCAAGGAUCCGCAGGAUGCGAUCAUGAAUGAGGAAAUCUUUGGGCCUGUCCUAACCGUCUAUGUCUACCCCGAGGACCAAUACAAAGAUGUGCUGAAAUUGAUUGACAGCACAUCCCCCUAUGCCUUGACAGGAGCCGUUUUUGCAUUAGAUAAGAACGUGGUGAAGGACGCUGCAAAGAUCCUUCGGAACGCUGCGGGUAACUACUACGUCAACGACAAAUCGACGGGGUCCGUCGUCGCCCAGCAGCCCUUCGGGGGCUCGAGAGCUUCGGGCACCAACGACAAGCCAGGUGGCCCCCACUACGUUCUCCGCUGGACGUCUCCCCAGGUCGUGAAGGAGACUCAUGUACCCCUGACCGAAUGGAAAUACCCCUACAUGGGCUGAGAAGGAACUCCCCAGCACUCGUCUUCUAACCCAAGCACUGACCUUCUCCCUCUCUAGCUUCUCUACUGAGUAAUGACUGAAUAUGAUUGUUUCUGGUUGCUGUGAAGAAGACUUGAACACCUAAACCCUUCUUGGGACAGUGCCUGCAGGAGCUGUUGUCGAUCAAAGCUACCCCCACCCCCCCACCCCAAGAGAAGGUUGACAUAGAUAUGGUAACUUAUACCUAACUGGAAGUAAGUUCACCAUGGAUUUGAAUAGUCAAGAUCUGAACUUUAUUGUCUGUCUUCAGUGUGUCUUUGGAUCUCGUUAGUUUAGUCUUGGCUUUCCUUAAUCACUUCAAAGUCAACUUAAUUGAAAAAUUAAGCUGUAGGUCUGGGAUUCAAAGGCAGGAAAAUUAAUAUUUUGUUGUACUCUGAAGGUUAUAAAUGACACUUCUGUCUUUUGUUUUACCAUGUCUGGUGUGCACAUAUGCCUUGUGUUGGUAAGAUUUACAUCCCUGUACUACAGGAUGGAUGGAUGGAUGGGAGAUCGGCAGUGUAACAGCGGACACCUUUAUCCUAGCCCUGGUGUCACUGUUAAUGGUUGCUUGGGUGUUGUCACAUUAAAAGAGGAUUGUAUGAUCAUAAAGGUUAUUUUUUUAAAGUUGA